UCAUCCUUAUCCUCCUCCUGCUGCUGCUUUCUGCCUCUUCCAUUUUCCUCUUCUUUAUUCACACUAAUACAUACAGUUUUAUUCCAUUCUCUUUUUUUAUUAUAUUUUAGGAAAAAAAACACAUCAAACAGUUAUUGUUUUACAGAUAUAGAUACAUUACCUUUGUGUAUGUAUUCGUAUAUUUCUCGUUACUCCGCGAAGUAUUCAUUAAUGGCGUCGAUAUCUGCGCCCACGUUUUCGUCGCCGCGUACCGAUUCCAAUCACCACAAGCUUAAUCUCACCAAUUCCAGGUUUAUGUCCUCUAAGUUUAGUAGAAGGUCGUCGCAGUCGGGGAUUCAUGUAUCUAGGGUUUCUGAUGCUGCUCUCUGCUGCCGUUGCUUGAAUAGUAGCAGUAGUGGUGGCGAUAGGUCGGAUUCGGGCGAGGACUCGGGGAGGUGGGAUUUUGGUAUCCAGGAGACGAUUAGGAAGGCCAUCAAGCGGUUUGAUGAUUACUUUAGUUCGUUUAGGGAUCAGAGAGUGGAGGGGAGUGUGGUGGCGGCGGAGAAGGGGGGAGAAGAGGAGGAGGAGUGGGAUUGGGAGCGAUGGAGGAAGCAUUUCGUCGACGUUGACGAGCUGGAGCGCAUUGUCUCGAUUUUGAAGUCUCAGCUAGCAAGUGCAAUUGAGAGAGAGGAUUAUGAGGAAGCUGCUAGGAUUAAAGUUGCAAUUGCAGCUGCUGCUACAAAUGAUACUGUUGGAAAAGUAAUGUCCCAUCUGAAGAAAUUUGUGAAUGAAGAGCGUUAUGGGGAUGCAGCACUCUUGCGUGAUUAUGCUGGUGCCGGAUUGGUUGGAUGGUGGGCUGGAAUUUCAGAAGACGCUGAUGAUCCUUAUGGUCGUAUUAUUCAUAUAAGUGCUGAGUAUGGCAGAUAUAUUGCUAGAAGUUACAGUCCCAGGCAGCUUGCCACAUCUUCAGAUGGUGCCCCCUUGUUUGAAGUAUAUCUUACAGACAAUAACAAGGGUUAUUAUAAGCAGCAGGCUGUUUACUUAAAGCGAAAAGGAGUUCCCCAAGAUCUUUACGUUCCAUCCUUGAAGUCAUCAGGGAGUUCCAGAAGCAUAGACUCUCUUGAUGCAAGAGACAACAAAAGUAAGCUGUUUGAUAUAAGGCCUGAAGAUACAGAGGAUGGUGAAGACAGGGAUGAUGAUUCUAGUUUUGAUAAUGUCUUGCGCGACAUGAUUCCUGGUGUGAAAGUAAAGGUUGUGAAAGUAACAGGCCCCGAGAAGGUGGACAGGGAUCUAAUAUCGAAGGUAAUUGAACAGAUAAUAGAUGAAGACGAGGAAGAAAAGGAUUAUGACUUAGAAAAUGUAGAUGCUGAAGAUGAAGCUAAAAGUGAAAAUGAUGAGGAGCACAAUGACAUCGAACUGGAUUCUAGCAAUGGAAUAACUGAGGAAGAUGAACAAAACCAAAUUGCAGUAGAGGUCGUUGUUGGUGAUCGAUUCAUCCAGAAAAUUUCCCGUGGUGCUCAUGUCAAAGACCUGCUUCGCGUCCCAGCAAGGCUAGAGAAAAAGGACAGGUUAUCAUUUACGAUUACUGUAGAGGAAGAUGUCAACGAGUAUCUGUCUGGUGGUGAUGGACAGUCUGCACAAAAGAAAAGGUCUAAGCUUCAAAGUCAGCGCAGCAUUGACCAUGUUAUGCUUGAUCUUAUGAAGUCCAUUGGUAAAGGGAAAAUCCCCAUGAAGGUUCUUAGAGAUGUUGGUGAACUAAUAAAUCUUACAAUCAGUCAAGCUCGAAAUCGUCAGCCACUCUCUGGGUCAACGACAUUUAACCGCAUUGAUGUAUCAACAUCUUCAGAUCCACUAGAUGGACUAUAUAUUGGCGCACAUGGGCUUUACACUUCAGAGGUUAUUCAUUUGAAGCGUAGAUUUGGUCAGUGGAAAGAGGACGGAAGCACAAAGAAGGCAUCAAAACUUAAAUUUUAUGAGUAUGUUGAAGCUGUUAAGUUAACUGGAGAUGCUUAUGUUCCAGCUGGCCAGGUUGCAUUCCGUGCAAAAGUUGGGAAAAGAUAUCAGCUUCCACAUAAAGGGAUUAUCCCUGAAGAAUUUGGGGUGAUUGCUCGAUAUAGAGGACAGGGAAGAUUGGCUGAGCCUGGAUUUCAGGAUCCGCGAUGGGUUGAUGGUGAACUUGUAAUAUUGGAUGGAAAGUACAUCAAAGGCGGGCCAGUUGUCGGUUUUGUUUAUUGGGCCCCUGAGUAUCACUUGGUAUUCUUCCAUCGACUGAGGCUGCUUGAUUGAGUUCUUCAUGUACAUCAAGUUUCAGAUAUUCCUUGUCUUAUUUUUACUUAGCUGAGGCGAUAAUCGGGUCCUGAACUUCUUUUUCAUGAAACCGAAGCUGGAAAUUUUCAGCUAUGUCAUGCCAAGCCAUGCAUGACUGACUUAUUUGCUAUUAGCACAAAUAACCAUCAGGAAUUCAUGAAACUAACCACCAAAAUUUUGAGUUGUAAUGGUUACUGGAUGACAGGCUCAUCUAACAAACGCGUGGUCUGCCCCUCGCUAUAUUUUUCCCCAGAAUGUAUAUAUCAUCUGCUAUAUUUUGUACAUAUUUCCGCUGCUGAAUCUCUCGUCAUUCAACAAUAAACAGUUUCUAUAACCUUGUGUAUAUAUGGGAAAGUUCCAUUCCAA